AUGGAGAUCAGGGAUGUGGCGGAUCGAUCGAGGGUGAUGCGCAUGGUGCGAGAGAUGCGCGUCGAGGCCAAGCGCUCGACGGAACACGACGAAGACGAAGACAAAUACGUCGAUGUCGAGGCAAGGAAAGAUGAUAUCGAGAGUGGAGCGACGAAAAACGUCGACGAACGAAGGAUGCUAGACGGGCAAGAACGAUCGCCUGAAAUCGUUCCCGCGGGCGAUGCUGGGUCGGCGGCGCCGUCUUUGAAAAAAGUGAUGCCGGCCCCUCGCGCGCAGUCGAAGAUUCGCGUUUCGGUGCGUAAGCGUCCGCUAAACGGCAAGGAAAUGACAAAAAAGGAGAGGGAUAUAUGCACGAGCGACGCCGCGGCGUCCGAGUUCACAGUGUGGGAGCCAAAGGUAAAGGUGGAUUUGACACGUUUCGUGGAGUCGCACGCAUUUGCGUUUGACGCCGUGUACGACGCAUCGGUGUCGAACGACGAGAUCUAUGCUAGCGAAGUCGAACCACUCGUGAAUUUCGUGUUAGAGCGAGCGAACGCAACCUGUUUCGCGUACGGUCAAACGGGAAGUGGGAAGACGUACACAAUGCAGCCGCUUCCGGGUCGCGCGGCCAGAGACUUUCUCUCGGCGGUGGAUCAAUUUCGUGACUCCGACGACGCAAGGGGAAACCUGCAACUCUGGUUGAGUGCGUUUGAGAUUUACGGUGGACGCGUGUUCGAUCUCUUGAACGCUCGUCGAAAGCUUCGCGUGCUGGAGGAUUCUAAAUCUCAGAUUUGCGUCGUGGGACUACAGGAACAUUGCGUCGUCGGCGCCGAAGCGUUCGACAAGCUCAUCGAACGUGGCGCCAAGGCUCGAUGCGUGGGCUGUACCGGUGCAAACUCGGAAUCUUCGCGCUCGCACGCGAUUUUGCAGCUCGUUUUGAAGCGACCGGUGGAUCAAGCCAAGGCGCAGCACGCGGCGUUCACCACAGGAGAGCCUCUCACAGCUGAAAUUUUUGGCAAGCUGUCAUUCAUCGACUUGGCCGGAAGCGAACGCGGUGCGGACACGACGGACAACGAUCGUCAGACUCGCAUCGAAGGUGCAGAGAUAAACAAGUCGCUCUUAGCUUUGAAGGAGUGCAUACGAGCACUUGAUUCUGGAGCGACGCACGUUCCGUUUCGCGGAUCGAAGCUCACAGAGGUCUUGCGAGACUCCUUCCUGGGAGACUCCAGAACGGUGAUGAUCGCUAAUGUCUCGCCAGCGGAGGGAUCAUGCGAGCACACCUUGAACACACUUCGAUACGCCGAUCGCGUGCGAGAGCUCACGCGCGGGAGUGAAACAUCGACGACUGGGUCGCCGACGGCUUCGACGGCUGGCUUGGCGCGCCGGCAUCGACAGUCCAUGCAGACACAACGUCGAUCCUCAAUGCCCUCAACACCGCGUCAUUCGCAGUCUACUUUUACGUUGGCGUCGACAACGACGAGGUUGGAGUCGCGCGCGAGCGCACCGAGCGCUCGAGACACGGACGUCGCUCGUUGUACGUCGAGUGCGCCGCUCGCCACGCCUGGAUUGGGCACUGUCGAACCCACAUCGCGCGAGGAAGCUGUUCGCGCGCACGACGCUUUAAUUGACGUUAUACUUGGUGAAGAAGAUACCAUCAUUGCCGAGCACCGGGCGCACGUCGAGCGAUCGAUGGCGAUGGUGCGACGCGAGAUGGAAUUCCUAGAACGAGUCGACGAGCCCGGAAGCGGGGUGGACGCCUACUUGGACGAUCUAGAAACAGUCUUAGCCGAACGCGCAGAAGACGUCGCUCGGCUACGGGAACGCGUCGAUCGAUUCCGAGCGUUGCUUCGGCAAGAAGAGGCGCUAUCGGCGCGAGUGUCAAGCGCGGCAACUCCGUGA